CACAACACUAUUUAUUUUUCACAAACGUCUACAAUCUUUAAUCUCUUUGACGUAUUAUUAAUUCCUUCAUCAAUGGCAGCAGACCUUUCAUUCCCUCAACAAGAUGGUGUGUCAAGAUCAGUUUCAGAUACAACACCGGCACAUUGUAUAGUCAAAAUUCAGUUAUUUUCACAACUCGCAAAGAACAACAUAGAGAGCUAUACUUCUAGUGAUUUCGAAGCUGGAGGAUACAAAUGGAAAUUGGUUGUUCACCCAAAUGGAUACAAAAACAAAGGCAUUACCGAUCAUAUCUCCCUAUACUUGGUUCUCGCCGAAUCGAAUUCAUUCAAUCCCGGUUGGGAGAUUCGAGCAUUUUUCCGACUUUUUCUACUUGAUCAGAACAAAGACAAUUUCAUAACCCUCCAAGACACAACAGAAAACGGGAGGCGGUUUCACGGAAUGAAACUCGAAUGGGGAUUCAAUAAGUUCAUCCCUCUCGCAGCCUUCAUGGAUCCUUCCAAUGGAUAUCUGGUCAACGACAAUUGCGUAUUUGGAGCGGAGGUUUACGUUUGUCGAGAAAAACUCUCAGGAAAAGGAGAAUGUUUAUCAAUGAUAAAGGAUCCAAUUACCUAUAAAAGCACUUGGAGAAUUGACAAUUUCUCCGGUAUAACCGAUGAAAGUGCAGACUCCAAGCCAUUCACUUCUGCUGGUCAAAAAUGGAAGAUACAAGUCUAUCCUAAGGGAAAAGGGAGUGGCCUUGAUAGCUACGUAUCUAUGUAUCUGACUUUAGCUGAACCAGAAACAUUGCUACCGAAAACUAAACUAUAUGCUGAAUUUACGAUACGCAUUCUAGACCAACUUAAUCGAAACCACUAUUUUGGAACUGCUAAUUAUUGGUUCAGUGCAUCAAACCCAACAUGCGGUUGGCCAAGAUACGUUUCCCAAGGUUAUAUUGUAUCGUCUGCGGCCGGUUUGCUUGUGAAAAAUAUAUGCCUCAUUGAAGCAGAAGUCAAGGUUCAUGGUGUGGCUAAUGCUCUAUGAUAGGUUUAUGUAUAUGUAAAUGAUGAUUUAAUAGUAUUGUAUUAUAUCCGAUGUAGCUUAUCCCUUAACUACAAUAAAAAGAAUUGAUCCCAUCCCACAUCGAUUUGAUAGUAAAACUCUUGUGAUGUUUUAUUUAUUUAAUCUUAGCAUAAUCAACAUUUGAAGG